AUCCACUGGGGAGGAAAGAAGAAGGGAAAAGGAGAUGAUAUAUCAGAGAACUCAUUAAUGGUAGGCAAGGCCAUUCUAUGGAUGUUAAAGGUUAUACUGUAUAAGAGAAAUGCUACAGUGCGUCCCUGUCUCAACUUCAUGUUUCUUGAUCUUGGCACUACUCUUCCCUGACCCCUGUCCUGGAACCAAAUAUAUGCAAUCUUACCCACAGCUUCCAUGGGACUGAAUGAAGAGCAGAAAGAAUUUCAGAAAGUGGCCUUUGACUUUGCUACCCGGGAGAUGGCUCCAAAUAUGGCAGAGUGGGACCAGAAGGAGUUGUUCCCAGUGGACGCAAUGCGUAAAGCUGCUCAGCUCGGCUUCGGGGGAGUCUACGUACGAACAGAUGUAGGUGGGUCUGGACUGUCACGGCUCGAUACAUCUGUCAUCUUUGAGGCCUUGGCUACAGGCUGCACCAGCACCACAGCCUAUAUAAGCAUCCACAACAUGUGUGUCUGGAUGAUUGAUACCUUUGGAAGUGAGGAACAGAGGCACAGAUUUUGCCCACCGCUCUGUACCAUGGAGAAGUUUGCUUCCUACUGCCUCACUGAGCCAGGAAGUGGUAGUGAUGCUGCCUCCCUUUUGACCUCAGCAAAACGACAAGGAGAUCAUUACAUCCUCAAUGGUUCCAAGGCCUUCAUCAGUGGUGGAGGUGAAUCAGACAUCUACGUGGUCAUGUGCCGAACAGGAGGGCCAGGCCCCAAAGGCAUCUCUUGUAUAGUUGUGGAGAAGGGGACCCCUGGCCUUAGCUUUGGCAAGAAGGAAAAAAAGAUGGGGUGGAACUCACAGCCAACGCGCGCCGUGAUCUUUGAAGAUUGUGCAGUGCCCAUGGCCAACAGAAUUGGAAACGAGGGACAGGGCUUCGUCAUUGCCAUGAAAGGACUGAAUGGAGGGAGGAUCAAUGUUGCUUCCUGCUCCCUAGGAGCUGCUCAUGCUUCAGUCAUCCUCACCCGAGACCACCUCAAUGUUCGGAAGCAGUUUGGAGAGCCUCUGGCCAGUAACCAGUACCUGCAAUUCAAACUGGCUGAUAUGGCAACAAGGCUGGUGGCCUCACGGCUGAUAAUCCGCAAUGCAGCAGUGGCUCUGCAGGAGGAGCGGGAAGAUGCAGUGGCCCUCUGCUCCAUGGCCAAGCUCUUCGCUACAGAUGAAUGCUUUGCUAUCUGCAACCAGGCUUUACAGAUGCAUGGAGGCUAUGGCUACCUGAAGGACUAUGCUGUUCAGCAGUAUGUGCGGGACUCCAGGGUCCAUCAAAUCCUAGAAGGUAGCAAUGAAGUGAUGAGGAUGCUGAUCUCUCGAAGCCUGUUUCAGGAGUAGCACCCAGACUUGGAUGUUCGGGCGUGAUGGUUGAUGUACAACUCAAAUCAGAGGUUUCAUAUGGACUGUUAUGUGGCAGAUGAGUCCUGGAUUAGAUUGAAGGGCUGAGCUCUUCCAGGUGGACCCAGAGUGUUGGGAGCAGCAUCAGCUAUAGGACUGGGUCAGAGUCCUCAGCAGAACUAGAGGAGCUGCCCUGAUUGAGAAUGUCACAAGAAGACACACUACCUUGUUUUCCUAAUGCAAAAAGGUGACCAGUGAAGACUCACCACCAAGUCAGAGUCCUUUCUUGGUUACAUGUUAUCUUGAUUUGUCUGCAUUUUGGUGGUUCACUGAAUCUCUCUUCCGAGAUCUGAACCCUUCCACUGAGGGUUUUUCCUGAUGAUAAAGCAAAGGUGUGGGAAAGGAGAAAUGGAGGAAAAAAUGCUCUCCUAUCUUUUCCUGUGCUCUGCUGAAGAUGCAGAAGGUUUCUGUGGGUUGCAUUUCCUUUGUAGUACUCCUAUGAAUGUAAAUCAUGAUAAAAUGAGUAUCUGGGAAACCU